CAAAAACCUCUCAAACCCCUCUCUGCUGAGCUUUCAAAAUCGUACCAAAAUGCCUCGAGCAUCAAAGAGAAAAUCUGACACACCCAAAUCUACUUCUGCCAAAUCUGCUCGCUCGGAAUCUAUCACCACUGCUUCAGGCAAGACUACGAAGUUUGGGUUGUCUGUCGAUAAUCUUUUUCAGAAGUAUGCCAAUAAGCUGCUAGGCAUGAUCGAUCCAGAGGGGAUUGAGGCACUAUGCUCAGAUCUUGGAGUAGACCAUACAAAUGUCAAAAUUUUGAUGCUCGCUUGGAAAUUGAAAGCUGAAAAGCAGGGAUAUUUUACUCAGGAUGAAUGGAGAAAAGGUUUAAAAGAUCUCCAGGUUGAUACGAUUAACAAAUUGAAAAAAUCCCUGCCAAAAUUGGAAGCAGAGGUUAUGAUGCCUGAAAAUUUUGAGGAUUUUUAUUCCUACGCUUUUCGUUACUGCCUUACUGAGGAUAAGCAGAAGUGUGUGGACAUCGAGAGCAUUUGUCUACUGAUUGAUCUUGUUCUGGGGCCCCAAUUCCGGGCUCAGGUUGACUCAUUUAGUGAGUUUCUCAAGAAUCAGACUGAUUAUAAGGUGAUCAACAUGGAUCAAUGGAUGAAUUUUCUUCGAUUUUGCCAAGAGGUUAGCUUUCCAGACCUUGAAAACUAUGAUCUCGACCAAGCAUGGCCUGUGAUUUUGGAUAAUUUUGUUGAGUGGAUGAGAGAAAAACAGAACUGAUCUCCGCGUGUUGAGUUCUUGUAAAUGCUAACGAAAAGAAUUUGAAGUGCAUGCACGAUUCAUGACAGCUGCACCAUUCAGUGUGAAGCUGGUCUUCUUUCUGCUACAGAACUACAAGCCUGAGGAGGGUUCAACACAUUUGUGUCGAGGGGGAUAUACUAAGUUUUCUUCCUUGAAGAAUGCUUGUAGGAACCUUUUUGAUUUUUCGUUUUAGUUACAAACGAAAUGUAUUCUGCUAUUUUUUUAAAUUAAUAUUUUUGUCAACUUCUUGAUUUUGGAAUUUCACUAGUUAGUGAUAUGGAUCAUUUGAUCCUUAUAUGGUAGUCAUACAUGUGAAUGGAGGUAAAAAAAAACAAUAUGUUGAAGUGAAACUAAAUGUGGUUUAUCUAUUACA